CUUGUUUUUUUUUGGAAGUGUUCUAAUUGUUACAUAAGCUUUAGUAUUAGAACUAUUAUGCGACACUUCCGAGAACGCCUUGGCACAUCACCUCAGCGCCCCUGUUCUGACAUGCAUCCUGUCCGAUCGGGCUAGGACUAUAUUCGUUACAUGCAUGAUUAGCCUGCAACGCGGUGCUCCUCUGGGGUGUCUCGCAACAGCUAUCUGGACCGCAGACCUGGCCCAUAGCGGGUCAAGGACGGGGCCAGCAUACCUUGAUCAUGGCUACUAACGCUGAUGGUUGCCAUGUAACGGAUCAAGCAGUCCAGGACGUUGGCUAUGAUGAUGAGGAGCUUCUUGACUAUGAGAAUGACCAGGACGCAGCCGUGUUGGAGGAGGAAAACAAGGCAUACGGCGAUUAUGACAGCGAGGAGUUAGCUGUGAAGCUCGCGGACGGGGCUCAGGUCUCAGGUUCGUUAUCUCCUGCCGCCGACCGCAUGGAAGGCGAUAGCCAAGAGGACAAGCAGCGGCGCCAGCACCAAAUUGAAUCCUCGCAGCCUGGUGGCAACACACAGCAUGAUCAUGGCAAUACUGGUUACGCUCCUUCCGCGGGUGCUGACAUACACCCUGCGCCUCGACAUGACGAUCGGAUGGACAGUUCACCGCGCGAAGAUCGCGGUCGCGACUGUGACCAUGCUGUGCCCAGUCGUGAUGUUGGGGGUCACCAUGAGCAUGGUAGCCUUGGUCCGGUGGAUAAGGGCCGUGAACAGAGUUUUGACCGUGGGCGGGGUGAGCGCUUACCAUACCCCUCGUCACAGCGUCCCACGGAACCCGUGCGUGAUGAUCGCAACGCUCUUCAAACUCAGCGUGGCUCCCAGCGGGAUGAUCGUGGCUACAGUCGUGAGGAUCGUGACCGCUACUGGAACGAACAAGGCCGGGGGGAGCCCUACGAUCAUGGCAGGGUGCGGCGGCGAGAAUGGGAUCAGGAUCGUCCACGCGACGCGUCGGGGCGGUAUGAGCAGCGUGAUCAGCAGCCCGGCGGUGCACGCGAUGUCCCUGAUGAUAAUCGCGGAGGAGGAGCAGCAGUUGGAGCUGGCAGCAGGCCUCAGUCCAGACCAACGACUCCUUCGCAACUCCCUGCCGGCACUCCACCACGUGAUGCAGCUGAUCCCGCGGCACCCCGUGAGGAGCAGCGCGCACGAGCGCCGUACGGCCCCCCCAACAUGCGCCGGGACGACCCCCAGCCACCGCACUGGAAGCACCAAGGCCAAAGCGGAUCGCCCUUAGUGGUCGCCACAGGAGCCCCGGAGCGCGACGCGAUGGAACUCGAGGUGGAGCCGGAGCGGGAGAGGGAACGCGAGCGGGAGAGGGAAAGGGAGCGAGAGAGGGAGCGGGAACGGGGCCGUGAGCGGGAACGGCCACGUGAGCGUGACGCAGCGCGCGGAGGAAGCUUCAGCAUGCCGCCCGAGCCGGACAUUAUGGGCUCACGCGCUCGUGAACGCGAUCCGGUAGUUAGGAGCUCUGGCAUGCCACCUGACCCUGAUACCUUUGCCGAUCGCCGGGGACGGGACCGUGAGCGGGAGGAGGGCCCGCCGCCAUCGCAGCGGCCCUGGGGCGGCGGGCCGCCGCCGCCUAUGGACAUCGGGGUCAGGCGGCCGCCUCCCAUCGCCCCCGGUGCCGGCAGGGAACCCGCCCGGGCUGGCGGCGGCAGUGGCCGUGACGAGCGCAUGGGUUACGGCGGCGGCGGGGGCAGCAGGCCGUACGACAGGCAUGGUGGCGGCAGUGGCGGCGGCGGCAGCGAGCGGGUGCAGCUUGAGCGGCCUGGAGGCGCUGGCGGCAGCAACAGCCGGGAGCCCGAGUGGUCGGCAAGCUCAAGCAGGCCCUACGACCGUCGCCCUGGCCCUGGCCCUGCCAGAGACGAUCGUGGAGGUGAGCGGGCGUCUUAUCCGAGCAGCGACCACCGUGGACGCCUCCCCCCUCCUAGGGAUGACCGUGUCGUCCCGCAGCCGCCACCGCGAGACGACCGCGGGUACUACGCUUCCCGUGAUGACCGGGACCGCGGCCCGCAGCCGCCGGCUCGAGAUGAUCGGCGUCCUCUGCCGCCAAGAGACGACCGCCGGCCACCGCAUCCGCCGCUGCAGCCACCACCGCCGCGUGAUGACCGCGGCCCUCCUCCUGCACGUGAGGACCGCGCCGCCAUGCCGCCGCGGGAUAACCGUGGUUCGGGCCCUGCCAGGGAUGAGCGCGCAGCCGGCAGCGGGAGGGGUGAGCCCCAGCCUGCUCGCGGCCGGGAGGGCUCACCGCGCGCUCGCCGGCAGGACCGCGACUGGGAGGGCGACCGAGGCGCCUACCGGGGCGCUGGUAGCGGCGGCGCCGGAGCAAUGCCUGCAGAGGAGCGUAGGGGUGCAGGGCUGCAAGGCUAUCCUCAAACAGAAGACGCUGGGGGCUGGCGGGAUCGUGAUCGCGACGUGGAGCGCGGCCGGGAGCGGGAGCGCAGCAGCGGCGCACGGGAGGACUACGGGCCAGCUGGCUGGGGUCGCUCCAGGGAUGCGCAUGGUGGUGAGUGGCGGCGUCCUGACAGCGCUGCAUCGCCCGCACCAGCUGCCAUUGGGCGCACGCCGCCUGGCGAUACCGCCAUGAUGCGCAAUGGCAGCAAUGGCAGCGGUGGUGCUGCGGACGGGAGGCGUAGGGAGCGAGAGCCAUCACCGUUUAACUGUGAGGCGCAGCGGCAUGUGCCUGAGCGGCAGGGGGGCAACGGCGCCGAGGCGGCUGCUGCCGCUGCUCCCGCAGCAUCAGGUGCUGCUGCUGCUGAAGCUGCUCAAGAAGCGGCGGCGCAGCAGCAGCAGCAGCAGCCGGUGGUGGCAGCGGCACCGAGGGCGCGGGCUCCGCUGUUUGUAGGCGGCUGCCGUCCGCCUUUUCCCAACGACGGAGCGCGCCCCUCAGCGGCGGCCAGACAGCAGCAGCAGCAGCAGUCACCGGAGGCGCGGCUGGGGCGUUCCCGCAGCGCCGCCGACGUCACGACCAGCGCCGCCGGCAACAGCGCAGGGGGCGCAGGCGAGGGUGAGGCUGCUGCCCAUGCAGCCGGCUGUGCAGGCGGCGCUUCCUCCGCCGCACGCAGCGGCGAAGGGUUGGGCUCUGACAAUGCCCCUGCAACGCAAGCGGCGAAUGCCAUGGAUGUGGACGAGGCUGCGGGUGGCGUUGCACCCAGUCACCAACAACCUUCCUCCUCACCCGCCGCGAAGCAGCCGGAGCCUAGCCGGCAGCGGGAUCCCUCACCGCGGCCGCAGCUGCAGCAGCGGGAGGAGGAGUACGAUGUCAUGGAUGCUACGGAGCCCGAUGCACCCGCCGGUAUCAUCCCCGUUCUUCCUCCUAGCGCCGCGGCCCCGGCUGCUAGGCCCGUCUUCCUCCUAGGUGGUGCGUCAGGAGCAGCACCGCAGCUGCUGCGGGAGCGAGGGGACGCCGCGGCGGAGGAGGCGCGUCCCAUGGAGUGCGAUGAUGGUGUUGGCGCUUGGGGCCGGUCGCAGCAGCAGCAGCAGCCGUACAGUGGAGCGUGCGAUGUGCGUGAGGCGGCGGGGAACGUCACGCCUGUGGAAGAGGGGCAGAUUGCCGAAAGCAUGGGGGGAGCAACUGACAUGGAGCUUGACGGGUGGCGGCGAGGCAGCAGCGCCGGUGGCGGGGGCGGGAGCGCAGCCCCCAUGGGCGGCGUCGAGGUGAACGUCGUACGUGAGCGAAUGGAUUCGGGGCGCUACAUUGGCGGAGAUGGCCGGCAUGAGAGGGGCGGGGCGGGGGCGGGCGACGGCAGCUGGCGGCGACAGCAGCUGCCGCCGCCGCGGGAGGGCGAGGAGCAGCAGCGCGGGUACGGUCGUAAUGGUGCUGUGCAGCCGUAUGUUGAGCAGCGAGGGACCGAGCCCAGGCGCAAUGUCGCUCCUGUGUAUGAUGCACGGGACCGGCAGCCGGCAUCACUGUCGCAACCCUACCCUGGCCGCCGGGAACGUGACUCGCGGGCGACGCCGCCACCGCCAAGUGGCGGCGGCGGCCGGAGGGACGCCUACGAGGACGAUAGGAGGCCCCGAGAUCCGUACAACAAUGACGACAGGAGGCCGCGGGCGGCGCCGCCGGAAGGCCGCCGAGACGAAGGGAGCUACGCCGACCGUAGGGCCCAGCCGCCGUCGCAGGGCCCAGGCGGCGAGCCCCGUCGGGACGAGCAUGAUGACCGACGCCGGGCGGCUCCGCCGCCGCCUGGGGCGCCGCGUGGCGCUCGCCGUGAUCCGUACGAAGAUUCGCGACAGCAGCAGCCCGCCCGUCGUGAUGAGUACGACGACCGCCGUACGCAGGACCGUCGCAGGGAUGAUCCGUACAACGAUUGGCGGCAGCGGCCACAACAGCCGCCGCCGCCACCUCGGCGUGAUGAGCACGACGAUCGCCGACAGGUGGAAGGCCCUGGCCGCGGCGUAAGCGGUGGCGGCGGGGGCAGGGAUGACUAUCCAGACCGCCGGCAGCCGCCCCCGCCGGCUGGCGGCCGCCGCGGAGACGUGUACGACGAUCGCCGUCCACCGCCGCUUCAACUUCCGGAGCGACGUGGGCCUGACGUCGGCAGGGGGGAGCAACGCAGCUGGGGCGACCGAGGCGGCGCUAGCGGAGGCGGCAGGAGCUACGCCGCAGGCGGCGGCGGCGGACCGGCCCCCAGGCGUGACGGCUCGCAUACAGAGCGCGGCCCGUGGGAGCGAGGUCGGGAGCGGGAGCGGGAGCGCGUGGUGGAGGGCGGCCGGGGGCGGUCCGCGGAGCCUCCGGGCUACAGGGAGGGCGGACCGGGAGGCAGGCGUGAAGGCGGGCCGCCGCCUCCUGCCAAGCGCCAGCGCCUGUCUCCCAUUCGCGGUGAAGAGGAGCCCUGGUCCCGUCAGCAGCAGCAGCAGCCCUACCAGCAGCCCGCUCGGCAGCCGCCGCCUGCGCAAGCGGCCCAAAGCAGUGCCGACAUUGUCCGAGCCAUGAUGUCCGCACCGCCGCCUUCUAGCGGUCCUGGCGGUGGCGGUGGCGGUGCCGGCAUGGGCAACAGCGGCCCUGGCAGCGGGUCAGCAGCAGCGCCACCCGUGGUUCCGCCGCUAGCGCUGGGAGCGGCGCUGGCGGGCUGCCAGGUUGGGGCGCCCGCGAGCUGCGGGUCCAUGACCGCGGAGCAGAAGAGGAAGCUGCUGUGGGGCCAUAAAAAGGCGGAAGCGGUGGAGCAGCAGGAACCCACGUGCGAACAGGGCGUGGAGUCGUUGUUCGGAGCCAACCGCUGGGAUCGUGCUGCCGAGGUGCUAGAAACGGACCGCGAUAAGGAGCGAUUCCAACGGCUCAUGGGUCUGAAGGGCGACCUGACUCACCGCGGUCCCCACCCGCAGCAAGAGCCGCGACCGCCCUCGCCGGGCGCGGAGGCGCAUCUCGCUAUGACUCGCGAGCAGCAGGACCGUGUUCUGUCCGGUGUGGAGCAGCAGUACAUGGCCGGCCUGCGUCGCAAGGACGGCAGGACUGUGGGGCUGGGCUUGUGAGGCCCAGGCCUAGCAGGAGGUGGAUGAGGUUGGUGGAGGGGAGAUGGAGAGGAAGAGGACGGUGGAAUGGGAGGCCUAGCGGAUGGAGGGGGAGGAUAAGGAAGGCGAGGAGGCGGGGAAGGAGGGAGAAGGAGGCUGCCGUCUAGGCUAUUCAUCAGCCGAGGAGGCGGAGGGCAUGCAGCCAUGUCCGGGCUCCCCACGUCAGGCCAGGCGCCAUGUUCACCAAAUGAGCUUGUACGGUUGUGCGCACCCUGCGGAAUAUGAGAAUUAGAAGGCCACAAGUAGCAAGAGGUUGUGGUGGUGGCGGCGGUGGUGGUGGUGCGAUGGUGGUGGUGGUUGUGCAAUGAUGGUUGGUGGAGGUGAGGAAGGAGAUACGUUAGCAUGGAAAGGGAAGGAGGCGGGCGCCAUGCAUGGAUGUGCGGAUGGUGCCCGAGGGGUGCGGUGGGCGGUUCUAGGCCUGAUUCAUGAUUGAGAUGUCAGGUCGGACUCGCAAUUAUUGGAUUGAUUGUCAGCUAGGGAGGGAUGUAAAGGAAGGGUGGUGAAUGUCCUUUGGCAUGUGGUGCUGUGGGGAUUGGGUUGUGGAGGAUGGCGAUUUCAGAAAGUGCAAUUAGAGAGAAAGGCUGGCUUUCCCCUCGUGGGAAGAAGAGGAGGACGUAAUAGGUUGCUUGCUGAAAGGAUGGCUGCAAGCUGUCGGGUUAUGGAGGAUUGGACUGGUGUGUUCAUGCGGUUUGUGCUCUUGGAGCGUGCAUUAGGCUUGCAUGCAAGCCCACGGGGAAAGGACAUGCACUGGGUGUUUGUGCCGAUGCGCGCAUGCAGGGAAAUUGCCCUUUAGAACACGUUAUACAAAACGUCAAGCGGGUUCAUGUGCUUCUUUUGCCUCUUUUGUCCGUGUUUGGUUGGAUACCGGUAUAGCCUUUAAAAGCGCGUGCGCUUUGUGUCUCUUAAUCAUUCCACAGGCGCUCGUUCGAUGUGCAUGUGCAGCUUUUGCUAUUGUCGCCAAGACGCGAUUAUCGAACGUGGGCCAGGGCAUUUCGAGCGGGUCUUGCUGAGUAUUUUGCGGCUAUUGAGAGGGCGUCGCCAGGAGUCCGGACGCACGGUAAAUGUGUAUCCUUGGUUAUUGUUCUGAUGACAACGCUCUUGUUUGGAGCGCUGUUGUUGUACGGCAGUACGUCAGCAGCAAUCGUAUUCGUAUUACAGGGAAAUGACAAGCUUUGUGCUUUCGUGGAAUGUGUGGCGAGACCUGACCUUAUUAAGUUAGGUUUGUCUGGCUAUUAUUACGUGUAAGUAGCACCCCAUA